UAAUACAACGAUAUCACAUAUUCAAUUCUUGUGAGACAUGGCUGACCUAUGACCACAUACGUGGGUGUUUAGCGACUCGGUGAUUGCAUCGGAAAAGGAGCCUUUGGGUCGGUCUACAAGGCCUUCAACUGGGGAACCGGCGAGGCCGUGGCCGUCAAGCAAAUCAAGCUGGUCGAUGUACCGAAAAGCGAGCUGCGGAUGAUCGAGGCCGAAAUCGAUCUUUUGAAAAACCUUCACCAUGACAAUAUUGUCAAGUACAUCGGCUUCGUAAAAACUGCGGAUUGCUUGAAUAUUAUCCUCGAGUACUGCGAAAAUGGAUCGCUGCAUUCGAUAUGUAAAGCCUACGGCAAGUUCCCGGAAAAUCUCGUCGGGGUAUACAUGACCCAGGUCCUCCAGGGGCUGCAGUAUCUGCACGACCAGGGUGUCAUCCAUCGAGAUAUCAAAGGUGCCAACAUCUUGACUACCAAGGACGGCACCGUCAAGUUGGCAGACUUUGGCGUGUCAACCAGCACUCUAGCAGGCCCAGACAAGGAGGCGCAAGUAGUAGGGACACCCUACUGGAUGGCUCCUGAAAUUAUCCAGUUGUCCGGUGCUACCUCUGCCUCGGAUAUUUGGAGUGUUGGGUGUACGGUUAUCGAGCUCCUGCAAGGAAAGCCUCCAUAUCAUCACCUGGCUGCGAUGCCGGCUCUUUUUGCUAUUGUCAACGAUGACCACCCGCCUCUUCCAGAAGGAGUCUCGCCGGCUGCUCGUGACUUCUUAAUGCAGUGCUUUCAGAAGGACCCCAACCUCAGAGUAUCAGCAAAAAAGCUUUUGAGACAUUCGUGGAUUCAGGGCUGCCGGAGGAGUGAUGCGCCGAUAUCAAAAGCACCAUCAAACUUUAGCCAGGCCGUUGAGGAAGUCAAGCAAUGGAACAAGGCGCUCAAGUCAUCGGAAGCCAACCCCAGAACAUCGAUUGGCUCGGAUCACGGCAAUCCUUCCGCGCAGAAUAGGAAUACUUCUGGCCAGCACCGUCCAAACCUCUCUAUCUCGACAAAGGUGCCUCCACAGCAACCGAAGCCGAAGCCGAGCGCAGAGGCCUUUAGGUCUCCUGCGGUAGAAGCUGAUGAUGAUAACUGGGACAAUGACUUUGCCACUGCAAUUUCACCUAGUGCGCUCCACCUCCCUCACAUCAAAGGGCAGGACAAUUUUGGAGGACUUCUUUCCAGCGAUCGGCUUAAAGCGUUUGCGUCCAUUGACAGUUCGCGAGAAGACACGGAGAACUGGGACGAAGACUUUGGCGGAGAUUUUGAGCAGACGAUUCGUCCCUUGCCAAAGCGGUCAGAGAGGGCAUCCGAGACAAAGUCUUCUCAGCAAGGACAUAGGCGGCAAAGAAGCAGCAAAACCACGGUUCCAAGCGCCUCACAGACUAAGUCGCCUGUGAGGACGCAGUUCGGCAACAAGUUUGAGCUUCCACCCCGUCCUGAAUCAAUCUAUCGUGAGCAGUCUACCGAGGACUACUCUGAUCUCUUUGGCGAUACGGACUCUGUGUUCAACAGUCGGCUUAAUGUUGCCGUCAAGGACGUUCCACAACUAUUUCACCCUUCGGAUCUCACUAGUUUACCGCGCUCUACGGCAUCACCUGUCAAUGGCAGCAACAUGCGGAGACAGUCGGCUUCCGCGCGGCCACCGUCAGCUCCUGAGCAGCCCGCCGUCAGAAGGACAAGGACGACAGUCGAGAUCACAAAGUUUGCUGAGGACGAGGGUGAUGAGGACUUUUCCGACAUUUUCGGGGCCGAGCCGGAAAGCCUCACAAAACCGCCCAAGAGCGAUGAGGGAUCGGAGGAUGGCCAUCAGCUUAUGCUCCUUUCCAAGUUGUCCAAUAAUUCUUGGCUUGGGGACGAUGAAGACGAAGAUGAUCCGUUCGCCAUGAUGGAUCCCGGCUGGGAUGAGAUGGACCUCGAGGCCAACAUUGCGCGUGAUAGACAUGCUAGGUUGGCGGAGAAGGUGGAAGAGAGGGUGAAGUCUUUGAAACCGACGGAGAGUGAGGAUAUACUUGCUGAUCUGGCUGAAGACUUGCUCGCCCUACUAUGGGAGAACACCGAGGUCAAGGAUCUCAUCAUCAGUGCACAUGGGUUGCUACCAAUCCUGGAGAUCUUGGAACCCUGCACGGUGAAGAGUCGUCAGCAUAUGAUCUUGCAGCUACUGAAGAUCGUCAAUGCGAUUAUAUUGGAUGACGUCGAGCUGCAAGAGAACCUGUGUUUCGUGGGCGGUAUCCCAAUUAUCACCAAGUUCGCUGCUCGGCAGUAUUCGAACGAAAUUCGCCUGGAGGCUGCGGCCUUUGUUCGGCAGAUGUACCAAACUUCUACUUUGACUCUACAGAUGUUCGUCAGUGCAGGCGGUCUUAAUGUCUUGGUAGAGUUCCUGGAUGAAGACUAUGACAUGUCGCCUGACCUUGUUCUUAUCGGUGUCAAUGGCAUUUGGAACGUCUUUGAGCUUCAGGGCCCGACCCCAAAGAACGACUUCUGCCGCAUAUUCUCGCGGAGCAAAAUCUUGGACCCAUUGGCUGCAGUGCUGCACAAGGUCUUGGAUGAAGAUGACAGGGAUGAGCUGUCCGAGCUGAUUGAAGCUCGCAUCGUCAAUAUCUUCUAUCUCUUCUCGCAAGCUGAGAACUAUGUGAAGGAAGUCGUUGCCGAGCGUUUUGUACUCAAAACUGUUCUAAAGGACCUCAGGCGGAUGACACCUGCUCACCAGAUCACUAUGCUCAAGUUCAUCAAGAACUUGUCCAUGCUGUCAACAACGUUGGAAUCAUUACAUUCUGCUGACGCCAUUGACUACUUGAUCGACGUUUUGAGCAACUCGAUGAAGAGAGGGCAGCAGCAUUUCCGCGAGAUCUCCAACCAAGUGCUCAACACCAUGUUCAACCUAUGCCGACUCAGCAAAGAGCGUCAAGAAUACGCUGCCAGCAAUGGUAUCAUUCCACUGUUGCUGAAGAUCAUGAAGACUGAUCGCCCGCCAAAGGAGUUUGUCCUCCCUAUCCUGUGCGACAUGGCACACUCUGGCAGCAAGGGCAGAAGAUAUCUGUGGCAGAACAAUGGGUUGGAAUUCUACGUUUCGCUCUUGGCAGAUCAGUAUUGGCAAGUCACCGCGCUGGAUGCUAUCUUUGUCUGGCUGGAAAAGGAGACGGCCAAGGUCGAACAUCACUUACUCGACGGCAACUUCACCACGGCGAUCACGUCUUGCUUCAACACCAACAAAGCAAAUGCUUUCGACGCCAACCUUCUCGAACCGCUUCUUAAGCUUGUGCGACUUAGUCCCUCCGUGGCAGCAUCGCUUGCCAAGGCAGAGAUGUAUGCCGGCAUCGCCCAGAAACUGAGUCACAAGAAGGCCGUUGUGCGCCUUAACCUACUCCGUCUCGUGCGCAGUAUCAUGGACGGUUGCGAAGCCAACAACACACCCAUGGCAACCCUGGCCACUUCGACUGCGGGCCGUGCGCUGCGUGUUCUCUUUGACGAUAUACAAAUACUGGCAGAUAAGGAUCCGGCAGUACUGGUGCGCAACUUGGCAUCGGAAAUCGUUAGAAGCCAUAUCGACAUCGACCUACAGCACGAUGCAGCAGCCUUGGGCGCACUAAACAUGGGUGCUGGGCCCUCGGCCGUCCCCAAUCCGCUCAACAACCUGAAUUCUGGACCACGCUCGCGGUCUGGCCCUCGGCGCAAUACUAGUUAUACACCGCCAGGCCUGCACGCCAGCAUGCCACCCACGCCCACACACGGUCAUCGAGCCUCGCAGUCCUCUUCGGCCGCAUACAUCGAAGUAGCAUCGACGCCGAAACGCUCCGGAAUCUCCCUAGCUCAGGAGCGCGAAGCCAUGUACCGGUCGCACAGCAGAGACGGCGGCGUCCCGCUGAUCAACAUCCCGCGCCGAGUUAGCCAAGACACCUCAGCGGGCACUACUUCGUCGUCCUCAUCCAUGGGUUCGGCCGGCGGCGGCAUAGGAACACCCUCAAGGAUGCGACUGCCUCGCAUGUCCAUGACGCAGUAUAGUUCUCCUAGACCGAGUCUAUCAUCUGCCGCCACGGCGCCCGGUGCGGUCUCAGCCACGGGCAUGGGGAUAGGUAUAUCCGGUAUAGCGAGCAGUCGUGCCGAGCGUGAGCGGGAAAGAAGUGAUAGCGCGCUUGGUAACCACAACAAGGAGAACUACAGGCGGAUAAGGUCUGGGUCGUCAGUUGCGGGCCCCGAGGCGAGGAUUCUAGGAGGAGAAGGGCUGUACUCGGUCUCGCCGACGGGAAGCGCUGUGAGCUUGUCUAGCAGUUUUCAAGGUAGUGGAGGAGGGGGUGGUGAGGGGUUCUCACGCAGCUACGGUGCGAGAGAGUCGUCGUUCUCCCUCACGGGUGGCAGUGGUGGUGGUGGUAGUGCAGGUGCCGGAAAUGCUAAGCGCAGAAGUCGACCGCCUAGUUCGGAUAUGAGGUGGUCGUAGGACGGCCAUCCUUUGUUGCCGAAUGAUGGGCGGACUGGCGGUGGGUCUGGCGCUUCCGAAAGACAGCGUCCUGGUAGUGCUCGUGGGACUGGGAGCGAGGCGGGAGCGUCGUCUUCGUCUACGGCGCCGAGUACGCCUACCAGUAGCGGUGGGAGGAUUAUGGGUGGCACGAGUGAAGUUCCGCUUAGUGCUUGUGGGAGAAAGAGUACUGCUAGUGGUAAUAUCGCUUCUGGUGGUAACAAGGAGGGCGUUGCUCGUCCUACUUCUUCUGGCGCAGGUAGCGGCAGUGGCAGCGGUAACGGUGUUGGUGGAAGUGGUGAUCUUCGACAUGGUCAUGGGCAUAGACAAACCAGACGGG